AUGUCUCUAACUGCUGAAGCUCGCGAACAACUUUUGCAAGAACUUCAAUUCACUUUUUUGAUGGAUGCGGUGGCAACUCAUUUAUCUGAGUUGAUUUGUGGAGUUGGUAAGUGCAUUUAUUUUUUGGGACUUUUCCAAAUUGUUUUUUUUUUGAAGGAAUAAUUGCCAACAUGCUUCUCAUUUAUGUGAUUCUCACAAAAACUCCAAUCCAUAUGAGAACUUAUGCGGUUUUAUUGUUCAAUUUCUCAGUUUUCGAUCUUCUUACUUGCAUCGCUUCCUUGUUCGCCUGCCAAAAGUAAGUUGCAAAUACUUUCUGAUUCUAUGUAGUUUCAAAAACUCAUCAAAUUAAGAAAGUCAUAUUUUGAUUAUUAUGAUGAUUCUCCAAAACUAGACCCUAGAACAAUCAAAACACAAAAUAUCCGAAUUUCAGAACAAUCUUCUCUGGAAUCUCUUUGACAUAUAUAUUUCACGGACCAUGCAAAUAUGUUGGAGAUUGGCUUUGCUACUUCUGUCACUGUUUCGUUUGUCACGCAAUGGCUCAUUCUCAAUGGAUUCUUUUGAUCUCAUUCUUUUAUCGUUAUCGUAUUUUGAUGGAUGAUCAUACAACUGUUGUUAGAAUGGCUUUUGUGACUGUUGCAUUUUAUUCGAUGUCUUUUGUCACUUUCGUAAGUUACAAAAAUGGAGGGAAGGGAGAAUGGGAACCUAUUGUAGGAAGUAUUUUGAACUGAACAUUUUAAUAUUUAUAAGUUAUGUUGAAAAGCAGAAAAACCAAAAAAAAUAAACAUAUAUCAGCGUUUCUUUUAGUUGUUCUAUUAUUUGGAUCGUGGAAAUGAGCAAGAACUAAUGGGAAUCAUGUGCUCAUUGCAUCCUACCUAUCAUUAUAAUGAUACCUCAAUUUGGGGAGAAUUGGUUGUAAGUGGAAAUACAACAAUUAUCACAGUUCCAUCGCUUGUUGCAAUUAUUUAUAUGACAAUGACUUGUGUUCCAAUCUACGUUGCUGUUCAUUAUUUGAGAUCAAAAACCCUUUCAACUCUCACUGAUUCAAGUUUGAACAUGUCUCCAGCAACAAAAGCAUCUCAUCAAAAAUUGGUCAAGGCUCUUACAAUUCAAGCUGCAAUUCCCCUUUUCUGGCUUCUCGCAUCUGGCGUCUUCACACUUGCUGAAUUCGGAGUUAUAUCUGGACCAAUUCCAGAAAAUAUGACUUUCCGUUUGAUGGAUUGUAUUCCAGUUUGUUCACCAAUUGCUGCCUUUGUUUUCAUUGCUCCAUAUCGGUGAGUUGAUAAUUCAUUUUCUUGUUUUUCAAAAAAAAAUAAUAUUUUUUUCUCAGAAAUGGCCUCUUCUCAUUGCUCACAAAAGUCGGACUCAUGAAACCAAAAGAAGAAAUCAAAAAUGUCAGUCAAAUUGAUAAGCCUGGAGCAAAAGUGGCUCCAUCCGCGAUGAGCAACAAAAUGGACUGCAUAUAA